AUGUCCAAUUCAUUUUCGUUCCAGAGGCAAAAUCCUGGGUCACCCUUACAACAGCAUUCGCCAAUUCACAAUAUUAAUACUGGCGGCAAUUCUAAUAGUGUCAGUAAUCAAAGUAAUAACCAUCCACAGACUCCAGGUCAUCAUGUUCCAUCUAGAAAGCCAUCGAUUGUGGAGAUGUUGAGUUCUCCACCUCCGCUUCCCAAUACUCCAGACCAGGAGGAUAUCCAUUCGUUCAGUUUGAGCAGAAAUACGUCUGUGAGCUCGCGGGCGUCGUCGAUUUAUGGAAACGUGAACGGUGGCACGUCUAAGGGGUCAAUUGUGGGCGUAGACUGGGCAGAAAUCCCGUUGGUGGAGUUGACGGAGUCGAACAAGUUGGUUUCGAUCAACUCGGGGUUUUCGGUCCAGAAGGCGUUUGAGACGUUGAUGGAGCACAAUUUGACGAGUGUACCGGUGUCGUUGUCCAAGACGGAUUCGACCGACCUUACUAACUGUUUGACAUUCGAUUACAGCGACGUGAAUACCUAUCUUUUGUUAAUUAUGAAUAAGAUCAAUUUGAAUGAUUUGUCGAUCUACGAAGGAGGCGACGAUGUCUUAUCGAACCAGCAGAAGGACCUGAUCACCAAGUCGAUCAAUAAAGCUAAGAAGGGUGAAGAGGUGCCAGUGGACUUCAUUGUCAAGUUGCACCCAAAAAACCCGUUUGUGAAAUUCAGCGAGCAAGACACCUUAUACAAGGCGAUGGAGUCAUUGGGUAAUGGGGUUCACAGAGUUGCCAUAACCAAUAUGAAUGGCACCAAGAUUACGGGUAUUUUAUCGCAGAGAAGAUUGAUUAAAUACAUGUGGGAGAAUGCCCGGAGAUUUCCAUCGUUGGAUUUCUAUAUUAAUUCGACCUUACAGGACUUGAAAAUUGGAUCAAAUAACCCCAUCACGAUAUACGAAGAUCAAUUAUUAAUCGAAGCUUUAUUAAAGAUGUUCACCGAGAGAGUUACGUCGUUAGCAGUGGUCGACAAGACAAUGGCGUUAAUUGGAAACAUUUCAAUUGUCGAUGUGAAAAAUGUUACCAGUUCUAAGAAUUCGCACUUGUUAUUCAAAUCGGUUUUGGGAUUUAUUGGUUACAAUUUGACCCAGAAGGGUAUCGAAGAAGGGCAGGAUCAAUUCCCUAUCUUUCAUGUUAAUAAUCAAUCGUCAUUAGGCCGGGUUAUUGCAAAGUUAGUCGCUACAAAAUCCCAUAGGCUAUGGGUUGUUGAGAACAGAGGUUCAGUUCACCAUGGCUCCGUGAGUUCGACAUCAAGUUCCAAUUCCAACUCCAACUCAAAAUCGGUCACUCAAUCACCCAAGGCAUCGCCUUCUACCAUUGAGAGUACAUUAAAUCAACUGGUGUCUACUCCUAGCAACGUGCAGAACAUUCCCCCAGGCAGCGAGCCAGGUGGAUUGCCAGGUAAAUUAGUAGGGGUUGUAACGUUGACCGAUAUCUUGGGCUUGUUUGCGUCGUCAAAGUCAAAUAAGAAGAUCGACCCACAGUUUGCUAGGAACCAGAGAAGAAGAUCGUCGACUUCGACUACCAGAUCGAGCUUUGAAGGCUCAAGCGCAGGCCAGGAUCUUUUCAGAAAAUCAUAUACCACAAGUGCUCCUGCUAAGACUGAAGGCAAAAGAUAA